UGGUACAAGAACAAGAUAGGUAGUAGUACAGCUUUAACAAUUAAUAUCUUGCCCUCAAAAGAUAAAGUCCUUAAAGACAAAAAUUUUUUUUUUUUGUAUUUUGCCACUCGCAGCCUCCCAUAUGUCUCUGUCAAACAGGGGCGGACUGACCAUUUAGAAACCCGGGCACUGCCCGAGGGCCCGGGAUGCCCCUGGUACCUUUUUCAUAGGCUUUUUUGAGUUUGGGCAAGGACACAGGGGCCCCAUGAUCACUUAUUGCCAGGGGG